GCUGUUCGCUCGAGGUUGUGAACCAUCUCACGAGACUCAGACAGCAGACGCUGUAACUUGCUUGUAGGAGAACUACCAGAGCUCUGUAAAAAAAGCAGGCAUCUGGUUAUUUGGGAAUAAUCUGUUUGUUGAGACAAUAGUGAUAUUUGUUCAUGUGUCCAAACAAUCAAUCACUGCCAGUCACUGUUUGUUUGGAUUAUUCACUCAACACACUUAAAUGUAAUGCAUCGGGUUGGGAACAUUUAAUAUUGACCUUUGAACCCAAACAUUGGAAUGAAAGGACAUUGGAAGAAACCAAGAUAGAACAUAUCUCUCUACACCAGGCAGUUAAGAAUGAAAACCUGGCACUGCUUGAAACAGAGCUUAAGGUUCUACAGCAGUUUGGUCAAGGGAAGCUGGUGCCAAAGACAAAGUUCAAAAGAAAGAUAUUGGCUUUGAAAAUUAACCGCAAGGACAUACAAGGGUUGACUGCCCUUCAUAUUGCUGCACAGAAAGAUAACACAAGGAUGUGUCAACUAUUGUAUGAUUAUUCGAAAGUAUCGGGAGAAUCAGCACCCCAACUUGAUAUAUUUAUAAAGGACAACAAAGGAGCAACAGCAAUACAUUACGCAGCACAAGGAAAGUUUAGGAAUGAUGAUUCUAAGAUAGAGAUGGUUGAAAACGAAGAGUACGAACCACUGAAGAGUGUUUGUGUAAAUGAAGAGACAAGUCUAAAGAAGUUGUUAACUUGGGGAAAUGACAAAAUGUUAACUGAGGUAAAAGAUGACAACGGUAUGACUCCUUUACACUGGGCAGCAAAACACAACAAUAUUUGUGCUGCUGUGCAACUUGUGACACAUUUUCUGAAACGAAACCAGUGCGAGACCAGUUUUAUAACAAAGUGUGGACCUAAAGCAGCACCUUCAAAAGCAGCACAACUGAUUGACCACCAGGAUAAUUAUGGGAGAACCGCUUUACUUAUAUGUGCGGCCCAUGAUAAGAAAGAUACGGCUAAAUUACUGGUGAAGUCUAAUGCUGAUAUGAAAAUAAAGGAUGGUCAUGGGUGGACUGCAUUGCAUUAUGCAGCUUCUGAAGGUAACAGUUAUGUGUGUCGGUUGAUUCUACAACAAGCAAAAGACACACAACUUCUUCAUGAACUUCAACACAUGGUGGAUGGAAUGAAUAACACUCCACUUCACGUGGCUUGUGAGAAGGGGAACUUAGAAGCAGUUGAAUUACUCUUGGAAUAUGAUGUGGGUGGCAACCUCCUAUCCAAGGAAAACCAGAAAGGAAACACUCCUCUUAUAUUAGCAGCUUCAAUUGGGGGAUUGGACAUCAUUAAGUUACUUUUAAAGGGGAAUGUUGAUGUUAACCAUAAGAAUAACGAAGGGAAAACAGCUCUACAUUUUGCAGCAAGGUUCAACCAUACUGAUGUCCUUCAGUAUUUAGUAUCAAGAGGAGCAAAUCCAAGAGCAGAAGAUGGUAGCAGGAUUAUUCCUAUAGUGUUGGCUGCCCACUAUGGUAGCAUUGAAGCACUUUACUACUUGCUGGAAAAUCAUGGAUAUUGCCAGUUUGAGGAUCAUAUGCAUAAGACUUGUUUACAUUGGGCAGUGGAAGCUAAUAGACUUGAAGUGGCCAAGGUUUUGAUCUGCCACAAACUUAGUAGUUCGUCUGUAGGCCUGAAAGAUCCACAAGGCAACACUGCCCUCCAUAUUGCAUCCACACUUGGGUAUCAUCAUGUUGUUCGACUACUUCUGGGAAAGUUUGAUAAAAAAUGGAAGAAAUGUGACAGAGGGAAACUGCCAAUCCAUCUGGCUGCACAGAAUGGGCACACAGAGGUUAUCAAGAUCAUACUGGACUUCGACCCUGGCCAAAUAUGUUCAAGGGAUAAGGAGGGUAAUACACCGCUGAUAAAUGCUGCUUUGAAUGGAAAAGAAGAUGCUGCAUUUUGUUUGGUUGAACAACGAGCCAAUCUUGAUCAACAGGGGCCUCUAUUCCUUCAACAACAAAACUCAAAAUACAAAAUAACUUUUUGUUUCAGCAACAGCAAGCAGUUAACAGCUUUAAGUUGUUGUGCGAUGAAUGACUACACGAAAACAGCUUUACAUUUGUUGAAGGCUGGUGCUAGUACUGCAGUUCAGAACAGCAAUGGGGCAACACCACUCCACAUUGCAUGUAUGGAAGGUAGUGCGAGUAUGGUGAAGCUUCUGUUGAAAUACGAUGCAAGUGUAACGGCAAGAGAUGGGAAAGGAUACAACCCUCUUGAUCUUGCUAUAAAGUAUAGACAUAAGGCUUGUGCAAAAGAGAUAAUUCAGAGUUCAAAAUGGAAAGCAGCGUUAAGGAACAUGACUGUCAUCAAUGAGAAAACUGGUUUGAUAAGCACUCCACUGAGAGAAAUGAUCAAGAGCAUGCCGGACACUGCUGAUCUUGUGUUCAACAGAUGUACUGUGGUGUCUACUGAUUAUGAUCCUGAGGAUGAUGAAUUCUGGGUUGAGUUUAACUUUGAGUUCUUGGAUGACAUGUACACAAGUGCAUCAUGGAAGCAAUUACAUGAAGCAGCUGGUGAAAUGGGGUUGAUGGUGGAUACUCCACAUUGCUUUAAUGAAGAUAGAUCAAUGGAGAAAAGCUGUUCUAGUUAUUCAGAUACAAGUCAUGUGUUAAGGGACAACCAUCCACUUGCCUUAAUUGUUAACCACAACAGUUCACAACUUUUACACCACCCCUUGGUUCUGGACCUUCUCAGUUACAAAUGGUCAAGAUACGGAAGAAACAUCUACUACGCACUGCUCCUGGUCUACUUUGUCUUUCUGUCUGCACUCUCUGCAUAUCUACUGUCAAUACCACCACCAUAUGGAGUAGUGAUAAAAGGAAAUGGUUCAAAUGUUUGCUUUGAAUUGAAAGAUGGUGCAAAUGCUUACUGGAAGAGAGAGGAUUGCACUUGUUGUCAGUAUGGGUCAAGAGGGGACGUGUUUAACACAGCAUUAAGUUCUGUGGUUCUUGUUGUAGCAAGUCUCAGUCUUUUAAAGGAGGUUUUUCAAGCUUGGAAAUCCAAGCUGGCGUACUUCCUAUCUUUUGAUAACUACAUGGAAGUUGCUUCUUAUUCUUUGGCAAUCACAGCUGUUCUGGAUUGGUCAGAACAAACCAAGUUAACAGGAAUAAAAGAGGAUUGGCAGUGGCAACUUGCAGCCAUCUGCAUGUUGACAUCUUGGCUUACUCUUGCUUUGUUCUUACGGAAGCUACCUACGCUUGGAAUUUAUGUGAUUAUGAUUCUCGACAUUGUGAAAACUUUCGCAAAGUUUUUUGCCACCUUCCUUCUUUUCAUCAUUGCAUUUGCGUAUUUCUUUUACAUGCUGCUUCAAAAUCAGGCAGAGUUUAACACAUGGUGGGGAUCUCUUAUCAAAACAACUGUGAUGAUGAUUGGUGAAAUGGACUUCAGCACAAUCUUCUACUCAGAUCAAGAUGAAUGCAGUGCCAGCAACUCCACAACUUGUUACUCGAAGACAGCUUUAUUCUACCCUGAACUAACCUACAGUAUAUUUGCUUUCUUCCUUGUAUUGAUGCCCAUCAUUGUAAUGAACCUGUUGGUUGGGUUGGCAGUUGAUGAUAUUAAAAGUGUUCAGAAUCAAGCUAAUGAUGCAAAGAUGGGAAUGCAGAUCCAGCUUGCGCUAGAGGUUGAGUUCAUGUUACCACAAGCUCUGCAGAAGCAUUUUGUGGUUGGUGUUCAUAGAAUUUAUCCAAACAAAAUCCACAAGCAAUCUACUAUCAAGAAGUUUCUGUUCAACGACAAAGUAGUGACGGCUGUUUUGACAAACAAGUGGCUGUCACAGCUACAUGACCAAGAAGAGAGCAGGAUUGAGAUGAAAUCAAAAGUUGCCAAACAAAGUGAAUCAGUAAAACGCAAGAUUAAGAAGCUCAUGAAACAAUGUGAGGAACUGAACGAAAACAUCAGAAUGUUGGCAAGAGAGAGUUUACAGGAGUAACAAAGAUUGAAAUGUAUGAAUAUAUAGGUCUGUUAAAGUUAUACACACAUUUUUCUUUGAGUUUGGGCCCCUAUUUUUAACAUGUAUGAACGUAUAUUCAAUAACUUAAUUAAUUCAAGCAAUAUCCAAAAAUUUUUUUACUUACCUCAUUCUAAAUAAUUGCCAAAUAAAGACUACAAUUACAUGUCAAA